AUGGAGCUCCAUCCACGCUCCAUCGCGGUGACGCCGCCAUGGCAACCGGGCCAGCGAUGGUUCCGCAGAACCCGGGGCACAGCAGGACUGGACUGGCGCCGGUUCCCUUCCAGGUUCUCCUCUCUCCUCAGCUUCCUGCUGGAAAUCGGGGUGGAUCUUUGGGAAUACUCAAUUGCCAGCAAGAGGAGAGAGGCCUCGGCCAACCAGGACCCUUCGGACAUGCCUGAGAAGGAGAGGAACAAGAAGGCUAAAGUGUCCAUCAGGCGGCUGCAGACCCAUUAUCAUGAUGAAGCGUACAAAAGGAGAUUUUACGAUGCYGAUAUCUGGCGGCAGAUACAGGCUCAGGAAAAAGCAAUAGCAGAUCUGAAGCAUGAGCACAGGCAUGUGACACUAACGCUGAGCCAGAUCUGCUCCCCGAGUAAUACGUUGCUGGACAACAGGAAUCGGAUGAAGGUCGAAAGGCUUUUUCAGACCAAAAUGCACAAUGAUGCCUUGAUCAAAGAAAGAAAAGCUCAGUUGGAUGACCUGGUCAAGCAGGUCCUAGAGCUGGAAAAAAAGAUUGUGAAGCAGAGAAACAUAAACUGGAGGUUGUUGGAAGCAAGGAGUCACAAACACCUGCAGAAGAAGAUUGAAAUUCUGGAGAUGCGUCUAAGUAAAGUCACCGUGCGUUACAACACCAUCAUGACCAGGAACAACACGCUCCGGGAGGAGAUCGUGAGGCUGCAAAUCCACAAAGCCAUUUAUGACAAUUACUACUGGAAGGUGGAGAGGAAGCUGGUCCGGCAGAACAAGCUGCUGACCGCUGCUGUCGAGCAAGCCACUGAGGACUACGAGCAGUGGAUGGACGAUCUGGCGCGGAUCUCGGACAUUCGGGAAGUGCGCUGCAGGGAAACCAUCCAGUACAACAUCAGGAUGCUGGAGAGGAAGUGUGCCCUUUACCAGGAGACCAGACUGAAAAAUUUCUUCCUCGCCAAGUGCACGGAUCUGUCGAACCUGAAGGAACAGGCCAAAGCGAGAGAAGCCCUCGAGGCAGCCGAGCGGGCCAAGAGGAGCCAAAAGGAGACCUACGAGGUGGCCUACAAGCGUCUGCUGGAGCUGUCGGAUGGAGACAUCGACAGUUUCCUGGAGGAUUUCCUSGAAAAGGACCGGAGGUUCUUCAUCCUCUUUGGCUAUGCYAUCAGGCUGAACGUCAGGGUUGAGGGUCUCCAGCAGAGGAUCCAGCAGAUCCAGGACGAUAUGGUGUCCACCACAGCGGAGCAGGAGCAGGCGGAGGCGACCCGGACUGAAGUCCUGCAGGAUCUGGAGAAAAAACUAACAAAGACCACCGAGGAAGCCAACUGGUACGAAAAUAAAUGCAAAGAGAGCAGCAAAAUCCUGGGACAGGUCCAAUCCCGCAUGGAGACCCUCCUGAAGGACCUGGACUGYGACACCUCGAAGAUGGUGAAGCCUCUUGGGCAGAGCUUGGUGCCAGUUUUUGGUCCCGUGGAGGAUAAGAUCAAGGAAUUCCUGCUGAGGGARUCCCUGCUGCGCUACACAUCCGUGGACCGUGAGGAGCGCUCCAAAGCCUUUGUCAGCCCCCUGCAGGGAACCUCGGAGCUCCUGUGGGUCAUGGACCGGACCAAGCUGUGCCCRGCACCCCCCGACCUGGACACGGCUGACCCCAAGACCGGGGAAGUGCCGCUGGGCCGGGAGGAGCUGCGCCAGCUCAUCCUCCAGAGGCAGGAGGARGAGCAGACACGGCCCUCCAGCUCGGGCAGGAGGAGGAGGAGGCUGACAUCGAGGAGCCCGUCAGAGACGGAUUAAAGAAGCAGUUUCAUUCCGGAGCUCCUGCGCCCCGCACCUCAUUCCAUCUCCCUCCUCUGGAAGGAGCCCAGCGCCUU